AUGGCCAUCUCUCUUGCAAACAGCAGCUGUAGCCCAACGCGACUGGGUCUACUUCUAGACGAGAAAGGGUCUCAGAAGAAGCAGAGCAUGUGGCAUCGAUUGGGCCUGCGACGAUGGCUGGGCCGCGACGAUCGAGACUCUCCGGAGAACCAGCACGACCAAUCUUCCCCCCACAGCCGCGCCGCCUCCGUAGACAGCAACCCGCGCGCCAGACAUGAUAACCUGACCCGCCGGCUGUCCCGCCGGGUGGGCGUUGGUCUGCCGCGGUCGACGGCUUCCAAGCGCCAAAAUCCCGAGCGUCGCGACCGCCUGGCACCUCUCGAGCCCGACCACCGUCGCGCCCAGUCCGCCGACCGCAGUCCCUCCAGCGGGCAACGAUCCCAGUCCCCACUGCCUCCGUCGGGCCCACGACUCUCCGCGCCAGAGGUUCAGUGGCUCGGCCCGACGCCCACAACCACGGUUGACGAGCCCCUCGAUCCCUUCGAAUCCCGCGAGUCCCUCGGGACACACCCAGAGAGCGUCCCCCAGGCAGACUGGGAGGCCAACCUGCCAACCGAGUCCCCUGAGGCGGAAGUGCCGGCGUUGACGCCCGCACCGGCCGAAAUCGAUAUGGAUCUGGAGAAUCGAUGGAUCCUGAAUCUGAGCAUGCACUUCCGGGACCGGUCCGAGCGGGAGAAGUUCUUCAUUACCUACGUGGAAAACCCCUAUCAAUGGCGACGAGUGACAAUUUCGUGUGAUUACCGGGAUGCAGCCCCAGAUUCGCUAGAGCAGGACCUCAAGGGACUCCGGUAUCAACGAGACAAAAGUGCCCGCAUUUACGAAUCCAUUCGCGAAUCCCUCCCCGAAAUCCAAUUCUACGACACCGUGACGAACCUGAAAGUCGAGACGCGCGACGGCCGUCUUCAUGUCCACGUCACAGAGGACGUGAACGAAACGAUUCCCUACCCACCCAUCUCCAGUGUCGGCCACCUCGCAGGCGCUCGCUGUGUCCCGGAAACCCUCCUCCAAUUCGACUCGCAUCUGUCCGGAUUUGUCUACAAAGUACAGCACGAUGGGCAGGACUUCAUCAAAAAGGAAAUCCCAGGGCCAGAUACCGUUGAUGAAUUUCUCUAUGAGAUCAACGCUCUUCACGCUCUGAAUGGCGCACCCAAUGUGAUACAGGUGGGAGGAAUUGUGGUGGACGAGCACCAUGAAAAAGUCAAAGGUCUGCUGAUCAGCUAUGCGGAAAAGGGUGCGCUGGUCGACAUUCUGUACGAACAACGUGGACAAAUUUCCUUCGCUAGACGGGAGCGGUGGGCCAAACAAAUCGUCCAGGGUCUCUGUGAGAUCCACGAAUCGGGCUACGUCCAGGGCGAUUUCACUUUGUCGAAUAUUGUGGUGGAUGCGGACGACAACGCUCAUAUUAUCGACAUCAACCGCAGAGGCUGCCCUGUAGGAUGGGAGCCCCCAGAGAUUGCCGAGAAAAUCGAAAGCAAUCAACGGAUCUCCAUGUACAUUGGUGUCAAAACAGACCUCUACCAACUCGGCAUGACCCUCUGGGCGCUAGCGAUGCAGGAGGAUGAGCCUGAGCGACAGCCUCGACCGUUGUUCCUAGGACUUGAUGUGGACGUCCCCGACUAUUAUCGACGCAUAGUCGAUAUCUGCCUUAGCCCAACUCCCCGACACAGAAUGGCUGCUAAAGAACUACUGUCGUUCUUCCCCUUGAACCUUUUCUCUCCUCAAGCCCCCCGACUUCGGAAUCCAGCAAUGCACCUUCUCGCCAAACACCAGAAUGUCGGUCACCCGCCCGCGAGAGCCGCGCCUAACUCGUUUGCCCCUCUCGGCUCCUACAAGUAUCCUAGUCCAGAGGGUAUCUGCCCUCCUUUGUUUCACGACCACCCCGAUCAAGGGAAACGAUCCACCGUAACUCUGGCCGACUCAAAUGACGCAGUCGCUUUCCCAUCUCGGCAUUCAUCAGCAUCGACUCUGAAUCAACAUGAAUCCAACGGUCUGGACAGGUGCUGGGACGAGACUCCCCCAUCUCCUACCUUCGACUCUAAACCCGACCUACCUACCGAACAACAAAUACAAAAUGCCGUACCUUCUGUGUGGGCAAAUACUGUCAGCCCGGGAUUUGAUCCAAGGGCCACGGAAUUGGAAGAAUCUCGACCACAAUCCUUUGAAUCACGAACUGAUUCCGAUGAAUCAGGUGGCUAUCAACGUAUCCCUGUCAGCAAAGAGGUACCAGCUGUGCCUACUCAACUAAAGGCCUCACAUGAUUAUCUCAAUUCAAUUGCGGUCGAUGAAUCAGUACUGAAUGAACCUGACCCUGUCUGUGAUGAAAUAGCUGAGUCAGUUAGCGAGAAGAGUCACGUCUGUAUCGCGGAUUCUCAAAACCCCAAGGUUACUGAUUCGGCAACCUCGCUUUUUCUCUCGGUCCUGCCUAUCAAUCCUGCCCUUUCCAAGCGCAAGUCAUUCCCGCCGGAUCUGAAAAGCAUCCAAUACCCCAGCGUCUCCUCUAGCCAGCCCGAACCGGCACCCCUUCGACUGGUAUCUUUGCUUGCCGAGUCUCGACUUCCCAUCAAUCCUGCUGUGGUUCCUGCUGUGACUUCCUCUGUUGUUUUACCCAACCAGGAACCUUCCACUGCGGGAUCAAAGACUCCCACGUCUUUUAACUCAUCUUCGGCUCAGAUUGAAGCUGCACCCUGUGGAGUGAAUUCGCUCCUCUCAGAGUCACAGUUGCCUAUCAAUCCAGCUGUAGGCCCAUCAGAACCCAGGUCCUCCCUGCGGCCCUUAAUGGGCAAGCUGGAUCCUGUCACUCUUCCCGCUCGACGCGAGGUCCUGUUUGAUCAAUCGGCGUCUUUUCUUUCCGAUUCCCGACUCCCUAUCAACCCCGCGGUGGGAGGAUCUUGCAACGAGCCCAUCCCGCCGGUUUCAGCGGACAACCAGCAUUCCGGCAUAUCUAUCCCCCAGUCCGAGCCUGUCCACCAUUGGAUGGUCUCUCUCUCCGAGUCCAGGCUACCAAUUAACCCUUCCUAUAGAGGAAGACUCUCGACUCCCUUCUGA